AUGUCAAACACCUGCCCUCUUCUAAGCAAUGCCAACUGCACUGUGGAGACAUGUCCCCUCAGCUGCGCUCAAGUUGAAUACCUUCCAACACUUGCUGGCAAUGCCGUCUAUGCCGCCAUCUUUGGUCUGCUCCUUGUUGCUCAGAUCGGGCUUGGCAUUCGAUACAAGACUUGGGGGUUCAUGGUCGGCAUGGUCUGCGGCCUUAUUCUUGAGGUUGUCGGUUACGCAGGCAGAAUUAUGCUUCACGAUAACCCGUUCGAUUUCAACAAUUUCAUUAUCUAUCUAGUUCCUCUGACAAUCGCUCCCGCUUUCCUUGCUGGCGCCCUCUACCUCUGCCUUUCCCGCAUAAUCAUCGUCCACGGCCAGCAGAUUUCCCGCUUCAGCCCGCGCACCUACGCAAUAACAUUUAUGACUAGCGAUUUUAUUUCGCUCGUUCUACAAGGUGCCGGUGGUGGAAUUGCAGCCACGGCCGACGAUCACUCUGGGAGUGAGACAGGCAGGGCCAUCAUGGUCGCGGGAGUUGUGUUUCAAGUCGUCUCGCUGCUCACCUUCAUGCUGCUGUGGCUUGAAUUCGUGAUCCGGCUCCGCAAGACAGGCGAGGAAGUUAAGGAUGCACGUUUCAUUGACUUGAGGCGCACAAAGAAGUUUGCCUGGUUCCAAUACGCACUGGGCGUAGCUGUUGUUCUCGUUUUCAUCCGCUCGGUAUAUCGUGUUGCGGAACUCCAGCAAGGCUUUGACGGACCCAUCGCCAACGACGAAGUGUCAUUUAUGAUCUUGGAGGGGCCGAUGAUCAUCCUGGCAGUUCUUGCAAUGACGAUUUUGAGCCCGGGUAUUGCGUUUGGUGGCAAGUGGAAUAGUGCAACCUGGUCGAUCAAGCAGUCCAGAGAUGCUGCUUUUACCGCGAGCGGCUCGUCUAUGGAAGACAUACAGAAGCAUCCCGCUUAA